ACAGAACCAGUAGCCAAUGACGUUGCGGUGAUCUAUUUACUUGGAUCUUAUCGUCCAAUCCGAACGCAGAUGGGGCGGGACGUCGCUGUCAGAAGGCGGGGCUCUUGUAUGAAGUUGAGUUCCUCUUCUGCUGUCAUUAAACUUUCUGAAACUUCGUGUCAGUCCGCUGUAGCUGCUCCGCCAGCACGCACUGCCUGCCUUCUUCACACAGACUGUCGCUCUACGAUAUAUUACUCAUAACAAUGCACGGCCAUGACACUCUUCUGCUUGUCUUGUCUUUUAUUCUCUUUCGCAUCGGACAGAAGGCAAUAUCAGCACAAUCUGCCAUGCACGAGACUGAUGUGGUCGUACCGCAGGAGCUGCGGCUGGAUGAGGUGCACCUGCUCCAGGGAUCCUACAGGUGGAGCAGGGGUCGCAGACCACGCUCGGACCAUCAGCACGAGGACCACCUGUUUCUACGGCUGCCUGCUUUUGGAAAGGAACUGUACUUGCAGCUCCAGAGAGUCGACUCUUUCCUGGCUGAGGGGUUUGUGACGGAGGAGAGGAGCGAGGAGGGCAGUGUUCAGCACAAGCCCGCUUUAAGGGUCCGACGGUGUUUCUAUGCUGGAGCCGUUCUCAAUCACACAGACUCUUUUGUCUCAUUGGAUGCUUGUGGUGGACUGACUGGCCUGGUUCAGACUAAAGAGGAAAGACUGUUCAUCGAGCCAGUGGGCCAGGCCGCAGAUUCCUUCUCUGGCUGGGAACACCGAGUGAUUCGGGAAAAGCAUUCUUUAUCGGACAGACCUGCGAAUGCUGAAGACAGCAGCCCGAAAUUCUGCCAAACCAUCCAAGACAAGAAGAAAGAGAAACAGGCAAAAGGAGCAGAGGAUGUGCGCAGCAGGAGGAACGCCAUCCGGCUGAGCAGAGAGUACACGGUGGAGACGGUCGUGGUGGCCGACGCAAACAUGGUGCAGUAUCACGGUGCUGAGGCCGCCCAACGCUUUCUGCUCACCGUUAUGAACAUGGUGUAUAACAUGUUUCAACACCAGAGUUUGGGGGUGAGGCUCCAUAUCCGGGUCACCAAGUUGGUUCUCCUGCACACCCGUCCAAAAAAGCUGAAGGUGGGCCACCAUGGAGAAAAAGCCCUGGAGAGCUUUUGUCACUGGCAGCAUGAGGAAUACAGUGCAAGAUACCUGGGAAACAAUCACGUACCUGGGAGCAGAGACGACCCUCCUCCUGUGGACAUGGCUGUGCUGGUCACCAGAACAGAUUUUUGCGUCCACAAAGAUGAGCCUUGUGACACAGUUGGAAUCGCUUAUCUGGGCGGCACCUGUAGCUCCAAAAGGAAGUGUGUGCUGGCGGAGGACAACGGACUCAACCUGGCCUUCACCAUCGCUCAUGAGCUGGGCCACAACAUGGGCAUGAGCCAUGAUGACGAUCACGCCAGCUGCACGGGCCACUCUCACAUCAUGUCUGGGGAAUGGGUCAAAGGUCGUAACCCCAGUGACCUCUCCUGGUCCAGCUGCAGUCGUGACGACCUGGAGAAGUUCCUCAGAUUGAAAGCAAGUGCCUGUUUGCUGCAUACUGACCCACGUAACCGCCACCUCAUCCGCCCGCCAGCCAAACUUCCCGGGAUGCACUACAGCGCUGACGAACAGUGCCAGAUCCUAUUCGGCACCAACGCUACUUUCUGCACUGAUAUGGAGCACCUGAUGUGUGCUGGACUCUGGUGUUUGGUGGAAGGAGACACUUCAUGUAAAACCAAACUAGAUCCACCGCUGGACGGCACAGAAUGUGGAGCCGACAAGUGGUGCAGGGCUGGUGAGUGUGUCAGUAAGACGCCCAUCCCGCAGCAUGUAGAUGGAGACUGGAGUCCGUGGAGCAAGUGGAGCAUGUGCAGCCGGACAUGUGGCACAGGAGCAUGCUUCAGACAGAGGAAAUGCGACAACCCCCCGCCCGGUCCUGGAGGGAAGUACUGUCAGAAGGCCAGCGUGGAGCACAAAGUGUGUGAAGGGCCGCCGUGCUCCAAGGGUCUGCCUACGUUUAGAGACCUGCAGUGUCAGUCUCAUGACCGGAAGCCCAGUAAGAAGAAAAGCCAGAUGUGGACAGCUGUGAUCAACGAUGAAAAGCCAUGCGCUCUAUAUUGUUCAGCCGUCGGCAGUGAUGCACCGGUAUUAGUGGCAGAACGUGUGCUGGACGGAACGCCAUGUGGACCUUAUGAGAGCGACCUGUGUGUGAGCGGAAAGUGUCAGAAAAUCGGAUGUGACGGCAUCAUUGGUUCAUCUGCAAAAGAAGACCGGUGUGGCGUCUGCAACGGUGAUGGCAAAUCCUGCAAGAUCGUUAAAGGAGACUUCAACCACUCAGAAGGGAUGGUCCCUCAUAGACUUUGUAAGAAGGUUUCUACGUGCGUGAUGUCGAAACCCAGAGCUGUUCUCAAGUGUUUCUCAUGUUACAUCGAGGCAGCUGUCAUUCCGGUGGGAGCUCGGCGGAUAAAAGUUGUUGAAGACAAACCGUCCCAAAGCUUUCUGGCUCUGAAGGACUCCAGCAAGCGAUCCAUAAACAAUGACUGGAAAAUCGAGCUGCCAGGGGAGUUUGAGCUCGCUGGCACCACGGUCCGCUACGUGAGGAGAGGACUGUGGGAAAAGAUGUCUGCCAAAGGACCCACAAAGACUCCGCUCCACCUCAUGGUUCUGCUGUUCCACGAUCAGACGUAUGGGAUCCAUUAUGAAUACACGGUUGCCCUGAACCGGUCACAGGAGGACAUCAGUGAUCCGGUGAAGGAACCAGAACACAUGUACCUGUGGACUCACAGCAGCUGGGAGGACUGCAGCGUGCACUGCGGAGGAGGAGAGAGAAGGACUGUGGUGUCGUGCAUGAGAAUCGUUAACAAGACCAUGACUCAAGUCAACGACAGCUACUGUCAGCCGGAGAAUAGACCCACGCCUCAAAUCCGCCACUGCAACAUCCACCCCUGCCAAUACAGGUGGGUCGCUGGUGAUUGGGCGCAGUGUUCAGAAACCUGCGGCAGAGGCUUGCAGCAGAGGCAAGUCGGCUGUGUGUACCAGCUGCAAAAUGGCACGUACAUCCCCACCAGAGACCUGUACUGUCUGAGCUCCAAACCAGCCAGCGUACAGCACUGCGAGGGACGCCACUGCCUCAAUGUCUGGGAGGCCUCCGAAUGGUCCAAGUGUUCCUCUGAAUGUGGUCGCGGCAGCAGGAAGAGGACCGUGACCUGCACCAAUCCUCAGGGUCUCUGUGAUCCCGUGUCUCGUCCUGCAGAGGUGGAGAUGUGUGAGGAUCACUCCAAAUGUUACGAGUGGAAGACCGGUGAAUGGUCCAAGUGCUCAUCAUCCUGUGGGCGGGGCUUGCAGUCCCGAGUGGUCCAGUGCAUGCACAAAGUGACUGGUCGCCAUGGCAGUGAUUGCCCAGCAGUCCUGAAGCCCUCCGCGUACAGACAGUGUCAUCUUGGGAUGUGCAAUGUGAAAGUCAAUGUGAACACCAUCACCUCCCCGAGACUGGCUGCAUUGACGUACAAGUGCACUGGGGAUCAGUGGGCGGUUUACUGCAGGGUGAUUCGAGAGAAGAACCUGUGCCUGGACAUGCGCUGGUACCAACGCUGCUGCCAGACCUGCAGAGACUUUUACACCAGCAAAAUGCCCCCCAAGAGAUAAUGACCCCGCCACUCCCACUCACAGAGGUUUCUUUUUGUCUUCUCCAUUCGUACUGUCAAAAACAAGGUUUUAUAUUCUUAUUAAAAAUGUUCUUACGUUAAAUAAUGAA